UUCAUUCGUAGGAUCGUAGAAGACGUUCCGUGCUUUUUAACAAGAUUGUCAAUGUCCAGUUCCAUUGGAUAGUCCGCGUUGAAGAACAUCAUCUUAUUAUGCAACUUUCAUACACGGAAUAUUGUUUUAUUUGUGUUCAAGAUAUUCACCGAAUGACGUAAUUACUCGAAGAGGUCGCGUGUAUAUUUUCGGUUCUGACACAAUCUGCACGCGUUCCGCGGGAGGCUGCGUGCCGAUGUCGCGGCAUUUCGGACUCGUGUUUACAUAUCUCUGCGGCUGUGAGAUUCAAGUAUCAGCUCGAUUUCAACUCCUACAUAAAAUUUACGUACGUUCGACACAUCCGUUAUUGAACGUGAUCACUUCUGCCUUCGUCCAUUGGCCGGUAUUGUCGUAGCUGAUUCAAGCUCGAUGACAUCGUCAGGAGAGAGACGGAAAGGGUGUCUGAAUUAGUCAGACCAGCACAUCGUAUACGCGCUAUAAUAAUAUUUCUAUUCAUCAUACCUGCAUAUAGCCGUUUACGUUCACCAUUUACCAAUGAAAAUAUACCACUGAUCGUUAGUUCGGAACGAGACUUCGCUGUGGAUUAGAGUCGCCGAAGAAUUUUGAGUAUAUUAUUCGGUGUCCGGUGGUUCAGUGUUGUGCGAAUAAUCGAUCGAGUGUUACGUAGUGCGAACUCUAUGAUAUUUGAACAACCGACGAGGACUUGGGAGUAUAAAAUAUUGCAGUGACCGAAAAAUUUGUAUCGUAAUUUUUGAACCAUAAAGCAUGGCGAAAACGAAGGGUGUAAAUGGUGAACCAGAAGAGAGCGCAAUGGGAUUCAAAGACAAGCAGAAGGCUCUUGACACUUUGAAGGUCCUCGACGGUCGCGAUAUUAGCUAUCAGUAUCACGUUAUCACGAGUUUUGUCAGCCGGGCUAAAAGGACUAUUCAGAUAACGAAAGAUGAAGAAAAAUUGGCCAAUUUGCGCGAAGCUCAACAGGUAUUCGAAGAUUGGCUCACGGAUUAUAAAGAAAAUCAUCGCAGCAAAGAAAAUCUCUCCUAUCUACCGAUCGAGACCGUCAAGGGUUACAGGGCCUUGGCAAAGAAAUACGAUAUUCUAAACGACAAAUUUUACUCAGCAUAUAGGAACGUGAAAGGUGAUUACAAGGCCUUGCGAUCGAUGAAGACUUCGGACGGUGAAGAAACGUGGGAUGUAUCGAGAAAUCGUGAGCUGAAAGCAAUAAUUGGUGAAAUAAAGGCAGAGCAUAUUCAAUGGUUUGAAACCGACGAUGGAGUGUUCAGAGGACUCCCAACUAAAGAACACACGCGAUGUAUUUCGCUGGGUUACAGUCCGGAGCCAACAAAGAUAAAAAAAUUGAUAUCACAGGUAAAGGAAAAGUUUGGAGAGAUCGAGGAUAAUGAGGAUGAGGAUCAAGAUAUGGAUUCUGUGUCUUCGGGGUCCGAUGUCGAAAAUCGAGGGAAGGGGGUUGCCAAACGAAGGCACGAGAGCUCAUCGAAUAGCGAUGACAGCGAUGAUGAGCCGAAAAAGAAAUCACCCAAAAAAGAUAGUAAUGACAAAAGGGGAGAAAAAGCUGGUAAGGGCAAGACGGACGUUAGAGAAGAAAAGGAAGAAGGCGGACUCAGUUUCAAAAACAAACAGAGGGCUGUCGAUAGUUUGAAGUCUUUGGAAGGUCGCGACGUUGCUUAUCAAUAUCACGCAAUCACAGGACUAGUCAGAAGAGCAGAAAGGGUCAUUAGUUGUACUAAGGAUGAGGAGAAAAUUAAAAAUAUGAAAGAGGCCAUUGAGGUGUAUGAAAACUGGGUCACAGAUUACAAUGUCAAUGGGCGAUCGAAGGAAAAUUUCGGAUAUUUACCGCUCGAUAUCGUUCAAAGUUAUAAACCUCUGGCGGAUAGAUAUGAAAUCGAAGACACGGGCUUUUUGAAAGCGUACGAUGAGGUGGAUGGAGACUACAAAAGACUUCGAUCGGUAAAAGUGCCUGGUAAAGAAUUAACGUGGGACAUUGAAAGAAACAAUAAUUUACGUCCGUUAAUCGAAGGAAUUAAAAGCAAACACAUUCAAUGGUUCGAGACGGAUCCCACCGAUCUUCGAGGUCUGCCAACUAAGGAACACACGCAAUGCAUAAUGUGGGGAUUCAGCCAUGACGCAGCAAAAAUAAAAAAGCUCUUACCCACUCUGAAGCAGAAACUCAACUAAAAUUAUGCAAAUACUACAGAAUUUUGUAAGAGGUGUUGAUCAUCUUCAAAUUAAAAAAAUUGAUUGAAGGUAUUUAUACCAUAGAUAUAUUGAAUUUUAUACCAAAUUUUGGUAAUUAGUACAACCAAUUGUUUUUUCCAUUAUUAUCAGUUGAAGACUCGUGUCUAAUCAUUUGUAAAAUUUUUAUUUCAAUAUAUGUAGUUGCAGAAUAGACCUUUGACAAUA